GGUUUAUUUACCUCAGUUGUCUUAUGAGGUGUGUUGUCAACAGUUUAUAUUAGUUAUUUAUUGUUUCAUUUAAUAAUAGUUGUAUUUAUAUUUAAUUAGUUUAUUUUAGUAUCAAGAAUUGGACAAAUAGUUAAAAAUGACAAGACACGCGAGAAAUUGUACAGCAGGAGCGGUUUACACUUAUCAUGAAAAGAAAAAAGAUGCUGCUGCAUCAGGUUACGGUACUAAUAGCAACAGAAUUGGCAAAGAUUCAGUAAAGGGUUUUGAUUGUUGCUGUUUGACACUUCAGCCAUGUAGGAAUCCUGUUAUAACGCCAGAUGGGUAUUUAUUCGACAAAGAAGCUAUUUUGGAGUACAUAUUAUCAAAAAAACGAGAGUACAGUCGAAAAUUUAAAGAAUACGAGGCCCAGAAGCGUAAAGAAGAAAACAAUGUUCAAGAAAAAACAGUUAAUGAAGAGUUAAAAAAAUUGGAAAGUUUUUUGAAAUGCGAAAAAAGUAUUGUAGCUUCUGGAAGUCAAAAUAGUUCAGAAUCGUCGGUUUCCAAUAUGGCCAAUGGAAGAGACAAAAUGUUACCCAGUUUUUGGAUCCCUUCUAAAACUCCCGAAGCCAAAGCCGCUGCUUUGAAGAAGCCAGAUAAAAAUAUUUACUGUCCUGUCAGCGGAAAUGUUCUCAAGCUGAAGAAUCUUAUUCCUAUUAAAUUUACAGAAGUUAAAGAUCCAGACGACAAAAAAGCUUUAAUUGUUAAAGAAGCUAGGUACAUGUGUCCGAUAACUCAUGAUAUUCUGGGCAACAGCGUUCCUUGUGCAGUUAUUAAGACAACCGGAGAUGUCGUGACAAUGGAAUGCGUUGAAAAACUCAUUAAAAAAGACUGGAUUAAUCCUCUAGAUAGUUCAAAAAUAUCUGAGUCAGAUAUUAUUACUCUUCAAAGGGGUGGAACAGGAUACGCCGCAGUCAAUGACAAUCUAGAAGGGAAACACGAACGACCAGUCUUACAAGCGUGAAUUGAUUUAUUACCUUCACUCUUAAGCUAUAAAACAAAUAAAUAAAUAAAUACAAAAAAAAAAUUAUAAUAAUAAAAAUAAAUCGAUUUAUUUCACAACAAAA